UACACACAGUCAGGCAGUCAGUCUCUUAAACACAACAGCAGCAGAUUUCUCACUGCAGCGAUGGCAUCAACAAGUAAAGAUAUGAGGAUUGUGCUGGUGGGUAAAACUGGAUCAGGAAAGAGUGCAUCAGGAAACAAGAUACUGGGAAGAGUUGCGUUUAAGGAAUACUGUUCCCCUAAGGCUGUUACUAGACAUUGUGAAAAAGAAGAGACAACAAUGGAGAAUAAAAAAAUCUCGGUGACCGACACUCCAGGACUCUUUGAUACAUCGAUCACUAAUGAAGAACUGAAGUCUGAAAUACAGAAGUGUAUAGAGAUGUCCAUUCCUGGUCCUCAUGUGUUCCUGCUCAUCAUCAAAUUGGGGAGAUUCACAGAGGAGGAACAAAACACAGUGGAGUGGAUUCAGGAGAAUUUUGGUGAAGAUGCGGCACAGUACACCAUCAUUCUGUUCACUCAUGUAGAUAUGCUGAAUGGUAAAACAUUAGAUGAAUAUAUCAAAGAGAGUCCAGAAAUACAGGAUUUAAUUGAGAGGUGUGGGGGUAGAUAUCACGCAUUUAACAAUAGAGAUAAAAAUGAUCAAACUCAGGUAACAGAGCUGCUGCAGAAGAUUGAUAAAAUGGUGGAGAUUAAUGGAAAAAAGUACUACACUAAUGAGAUUUAUAAACAAGCUCAGAGACACAUAUUAAUGCAAAGAAUAAAAGACAUAGGAAAAGAAGCAAUAAUAUAUGGUGGAGGAGCCUUAAUAUGUGGAGCAGGUGCAGCAGGCGCAGGUGCAGCAUUUGCUGCAGGUGCAGGUAUUGCAGGUGCAGCAUGUGCAGGUCUAGAAGUUGCAGCACAUGUAGGUGCAGCAGGUGCAGCAGGUGUAGCAAGUGUAGCAGCUGUAGCAAGUGCAGCACGUGCAGCUGCAGGAGACAAGCCUUAACAGUAAUGGCCACAACAGCAAGAAAUGCUACUUCAGAACUUGUAUUAUGAACAUAACGCUUAAAUUAGAGCUGAUUUUUAAACACUAAUUGGCAGAUGUUUUCAUAUAUCGCUUAACAAGUGUGAGAUUAAUGCAUAACAGCCAUAUUGUGCUGAAUCAUAUUUGAUCAUUUUAUUUUCUUAUAAUAACUGGUGUCAAGGUGAUUUUCAGUGGAUGAGUUUAGUCAGCUCCUAUAAAGUUUUAAGUGUCCAAAUGUUGCAUUAGUUGUAGUUCUGUCUUUGUUGCCUCACACUAUUGUACUCAUCAAGAUUAAUCAAGUUUCCACUUAUUGAUCUCUAUUUAUAUACACAUGUGUUUCUUGUGAUUAUUGUUCAUAAUUAGAGUAAUUAUAUUUCUUAUUUUCUUGAGUUCUCUGUCGUUUGGGUUUAUGUCACUUGGAUAUAUUAAUGUUAUAAGAAACUGCUGAAAUGAUAAAACUGUUUAUCAGGGCGUGUAGUCAUGUUAAAUAAAGGGUGUGUAGUCAUGUUGCUAUGAAAGAUGCUGAUGUCACAGGCAGCAAAGUCAAGAGUUACUUUUAUAUUAAUAACAUGACAUUGUGUUUUAACAUGUAAUAAAAUACAUGUCUAAUGAUACUGAAGAUAAUGGGAUGGUGUAUGGUUUCUUACAAAUAAUAAUCUAUGGAAUAAUAUACGUUUUUAGUGUUCAGUCAUGCUCUAUUUUACGUUUGUCUCAUAUUUACAUUGUACUGGUUAGACAUUUCUUGACUAAGCAAACAGAGGAGGUUUGCCUGCAUUGUACCAAUACUUAUUGAGGGAACUUAUACCCUCAGCCAUGCUCUAGCAAGAAAUGUUUUGUAUAUUUUAUGGGAUAAUUGUAGAUUACAAAAAGAUACAUAGAU